AUGAACAAUUUAUCUACUACUGUUACGGAUAUAACCAACGAAAUGGAAAGCAACAUGAAUAAAAGCGGUAAUAAUCAAAUUAACAACAACACCACCAGAGAUAGUCAUACCAUCGACGGCAAUAUUGCUAUGAAUGAGUCUAGAAGCGUUACCUCCUCUAGAGGUACAGGUGAUAGUAGAGGCACUAGAGGUACGAGAGGUACCAGAGCUAGAGGUAACAGAGGUAGAGGAGGAAGAUCUAGAGGACCUAGUACAGCCACAGGCGCAAACAACUGGGUCUCUGUCAACUUCGAUGGACAAACAGCUUUAGAAAGUCAGGUACCAGCUAACACUAAUAUCAUUGGACAGCGAGCUAGUGAUCCCGUUAAUCAAGUAUCUACAAAUUUUACCAUUUCCCAGCCACCUGUCGAUAUGUCAGACAAUGCAAUUGUCCAAGAACCCAGUGAAGGUGGAACUACAAGUCGCAGUUACUUGGUAUGGCCGAAGAAGGCCAAGGAUAUCUUGCUGGAGAUUACCACUGAGACGCACCUUGUUCUAGUUGAAAGAAGUGAUACAAACAUGAAGAAACUUAUUUGGAAGUAUUCUACAAUUUUGAUGAAAAAGAAACUAUUGGAGAGUAACCCCAUCGAUGCCGAAAAACGUUUUGCAGAGAAAUUUACAUCAGAGCAGAUGCAAACACAAUGGGCUGGAAUGAGAAGAAGAUAUACCACACGACGUGACCAGACUCGUGUUACUGGAAAUGGGGGUGAAUCACCUGAAGAUGAACAAUACUAUGCUGCUGUGGGUGCUAUUACAAGAGAUGAUCCCAGUAUCAAUCCUCAGAUUUUGUUCGAAACAGUUAACAUGGAGGAGACUGUUGAAACUGGUCGCCAUAAUAGAAACAAUGGUGUACAAAAUCUUCUGGGUUUAGGUAGAUUUUUGUAUAUGGAUGACACAGAAGUUAAAAGAGAGGUGAUCAACAAAGCCAGACGAGAACGCUACCCAAGCGCAUCUCUUAACACUCCUCUUCCCCGGCUAGCAAGAGAAAGGUCUUUCUUCGUCGAAGAUACUACCAACGAGCAUAGCCAUUCAUCCGACUCAGAUGCAGAGUCAAGCAGCACUCGUCCCCCUUCAUCAUCUCCAAUCACAGCUGAUGCUAAUAUUCGUACUUCCGCCAAUUCAAAUCCUGUCACGCCAAACUCGUCAUUAUCUAACCCUUCCACAUCUAAUCGUUCCUCCCCCCAUCGUUCCUCAUCCAAUCGUCCCUCCUCCAACCGUCCCUCAUCCAAUCGUUCUAACCCUCGCGCCACUUCCAUUCAUUCUGACUCAAGCAACAACGUCCCUUCUUUGACCACCAAUAAUGUUGCCAAUAAUUCUAUCUUGGAUUCAAUUGAAAGAAUUCAACCAAUUGCCAGUAAUGCUCAGUCUUCCAAUCGUGAAUUUAUGCAAACAAUAAUGACAUUGGGAGCCCAAGAGUGUGAACAAAGACAGAUCAAUCGUGAUGCUUUUUUGACCAGACUGGAAGAGAGUAAAAGAGCUACCAUGAAUGAAAUGACUAAAAGAAGACAAGAAUUGAUUCGCGAGAGACAUGCCUUGUAUGAAGAGUCGGCUGAAAAAAGAAGAAAGCAUUUGGAAGAAACUUUUGAAAAGUAUCACAUGUUAACAAAUAUUUGUCCUAACAACGACAACAAUUAG